AUGCCUAUCGAGCAAACCUUAAUUGUUAAUAUACUCGACCAGAUUGUCUUACUAGACGACAGUUUUACAACUAAUGAUUUGAAUGCUAUACAAACAUUCAAGUCAACGAUCACAUCGUCGCAUUCAUCAGUCCACAGUUCAUUACAAAUCUUACCUGUUGCAGUUCAGCGUCAAAUAAACGAAUACUUAAAUGAAAUACUUGGUCAGCUCGUGCUUUGUACAGGCGUCAAUGCCAAAUCUCAAUUACCCAGUACAAUUUCUCACAUAAUCAAACGAACGAUCUCAAAUCGGAAAGAGAUCGCCUUGAAAAACGCUCAAUUCACAAAACAAAUCAAUGCAAUUAACGAACUUUACUCGAAAUUGAACCAUCAAAUCCAAAAUGUUUGUAUCGAACAACUGAAAAUCAUCAAAGCGAAUGAUCUGAAUACCAAUCAAAUCGAUACACUUCGAGAACAAUACCAAUUGCUACUCAAACAAAUUCAAUUACGACGAUGUGAAUUCAUUCGAGACAUCUAUACCAUGGAAAAUAUCGAAGUCUUACAGAAGAAAAAAUUGGAUUAUGAAGAAAAACAGCAUUAUUACGAUGAACAAAUCAAAACUUUCAAGAAAAUCGAAAUGGCCAUCGGUCAGGAAGGUGUACAUUAUCAACAAUUGAUCAAACGCUAUUAUGAAUUAUGCGAUGAGUUAACCAACGCACAAAAUGCACUUAAACGUCUCAAACAACAAAAGGAAAAUAGUUCAAUUUAA